AGUGUAACGACCCUGUGUUUAUAAGGGAGGAUAUCGACUGCCUGCUUUUGGGGCAUAGUCGAUAGCGCGCUGGACUUCGGGCUAGAAGGUCGAGGGUUCGAGACCUGGUCCCUGCCUGUUUCAUACCAAUAUGGUUGUCAGAACGUUAUGUGCUAGCUGGGUUGUAAGGUGAUAGAAUAAAUGGGGGUUCUGUAUGUCUUUCUUUGUCACCGAGACUGUUGUGAGCAUGUGUUCUGCGAGUUUGAAUGAGUGAGAGAGCGUUCACUCCUCGUGUUGUAAGUCACCCCCGCGUGCGCUGAGGGUGCUGAUGGUUGUCCACAUACGAGCUCUGAAUUUCAGCAGCACCGAAAGCUCUGCUUCCAACCUAAGCACCAAUGUCAGUGCUCGGGACACCUUGGUUCCCCAGGACCCCCUCGACCUGAGCAGGCAAGGCCACACGGUGGUGGCAGUAUGCCUUGGGCUCAUUUUGGUCCUGGGAUUCUUCAACAACCUUCUUGUCCUGCUUAUCUUCGCAAAGUUUCGGUCGCUUUGGACGCCCAUCAACCUCAUCCUUCUGAACAUCAGCGUGAGCGAUAUCCUCGUGUGUAUUUGUGGAACUCCAUUCAGUUUUGCGGCAAGUCUACAGGGGAGAUGGCUCAUUGGACACCAUGGUUGCAAGUGGUACGGCUUCGCCAAUUCGCUUUUCGGGAUCGUGUCCCUGGUGUCUCUGUCCAUUCUGUCCUAUGAGCGCUACGCCACGGUGCAGCGCUCCACCAAGGCUGACGUGUCUGACUUCAGAAAGGCCUGGCUGUGUGUGUGGGGCUCCUGGCUCUAUUCCCUGCUAUGGACCCUGCCCCCCUUCAUGGGCUGGAGCAGCUACGGCCCGGAGGGGGCCGGGACCUCCUGCUCUGUCCAGUGGACCCAGCGCUCUCCGGCCAGUGUCUCCUACGUGGUCUGCCUGUUCAUCUUCUGCCUGCUGCUGCCCCUCAUGAUCAUGGUCUACUCCUACGGCGGGAUACUGKUUGCCAUCAGGGGGGUGGCUAAAAUCAACCUGCAGUUGGCCCAGAGGCGAGAGCAGCACAUCCUGCUCAUGGUGCUGUCMAUGGUGUCCUGCUACCUGCUGUGCUGGAUGCCCUACGGCGUCAUGGCCCUGGCGGCCACCUUCGGCCGGUCAGGCCUGGUCACCCCCGUGGCCAGCGUGGUGCCCGCCGUCCUGGCCAAGAGCAGCACCGUAAUCAACCCUGUCAUCUAUGUGCUGUUCAACAACCAGUUUUACAGAUGCUUCGUGGCCUUUGUGAGAUGCAGAGGGGAGCCCCAGUCUGUGUACGGCUUUAACACCCAGCAGAGCAGCAGAGAGGAGAACGCUACCCCCGGGAAACAGCUUUCACGCCCCUCCCUGGUCCAAAAACAGCCCUCUCUUUGCUCCCCACACACCGAGAGCUACAGGAGCCCCAGCAAUGCCCCCCUGUGUGGCCUGCGGCGGGAACGGCGCACCAUGUCUCUGGUGGUCCACUACACCUCCUGAGAACCUCCUCUACUGGGCUGGGGGAACCACACUCUUGAGRUGGGAGAGGCUCAGAGAAAAGAUAGCCACCUGCAUUCUCCUGUGGAACCUUCUGAAUUUCUUUGUGACCCACUAGAUGAGCAAAGUCAACCCAGUCUUAAGCCCUUAACCAAAAGGAACUGGUCGCGACCCAUCAGUUGUUCUCCAGCCAUCUAGGAAACUCUGCCUUGGAUUCUACAAGAUGUAUACCAACUGGGUCCUCAAUCUCCAGCUCCAGCUCCUGCCUUUACCGUUCUCAUUGUGCAAAAUCCAACAACAUUAACACUUUAAUGUCAGACUCAGCCCACCSUGACCUGUAGCAUUUAGAUUAUCUCUUAAGGCGUCCACAUGCUACCCAGGCGAAAUAGUUCGGAAGAGUUUGUACRUAUAUUAUGACGACAUUUUGUGAUGUUUUGGACUGAGUUUUUUCGGCUGUUUGAGCACACAUUUCUUUCUAGAGGCAAGCCGAAGUUCGGAGCCGAAGUCUACGCCCCAUCGUCGGUGAUUGGUCAACAGAAGGAAUUCUUCAAUAGUCUGUCAUUCAACGAUAGACGACUCGUUUUCAUGCAGAUGUUUUCAUUGAGAAAUACUGCACCAAGCAUCUUAGUUAGAUGUAAAAUUGCGCAACUAAGAUCUCCUCGGCAAAAACAUAAAAAUUUGACAGAGUUAUUUUAGAUUAAUUCAGACUAUUUUGAGGAAGCGUAUACCAUUGCCGCUUUUUUCAAUUAUUUCAAGCGAAGGUCUUUUAAAGGAGAAUACGAGCACACUCGUUCAGCUAGACGCCUUAGGCUACCUGAAUGUUCUGUCAGUGCCAUGAUGUUUCCUCCUCUCUUUUGAUAUCUCAACACCAGUGCAGUGUCUUACCUAUAUUCUAAUUCAGUCAGAUUGAUGAGCCUGGUGUUAUGUAGCUACAGUACCUUCAGAAAGUAUUCACACCUCUUGACUUCAUUCACAUGUUGUUGUGUUACAGCCUGAAUU